AUGGAUGAUACGGAUAAACCUGAUCCCAUUUUAAAGCAGGUCCCUUUAAUCAAAAAUCCAUCAUAUCAACCACCGAAAGCAAUUACGUUGAACACAAAUUUUAACAAACUACUACCAACAUUAUCAAACACGGUUGUUCCUCCACAAUUGAAAAUUACAGAUGAUGAUAUAAACGAAUGGGUAAAAGAAUUGAAUGAAUUCAAAAAAAAUUUGGUAACAGAUAGCAAAAAUGGAACUGAUCUAAAAAAAUGGAUUAAUGAAGAAUCUAAUAAAGUCGCUCCAGGAUUCAGUUAUGAUAUAUUGAAACCAACAAAAUAG